UCUCACAAGACAACAUCAAGCAAGAUGGUUCACCAACUGAUUGUUUUGUCAUGUCUCAUCAUGUCUGCAACAUGCAUGGUAUUGCAUCAAGCAGUACCACUCUACGUGCCUAUCCAGUAUCAAGAGCCUACCAGGAACUAUGACUUUGCUUACGAGGUAAAUGACGCCCACACUGGAGACUACAAGAGACAGCAGGAGACGAGAAUAGGAGAUACUGUGCUCGGACAUUACUCUCUUCUUCAACCUGAUGGUAUCACUAGGACUGUAGAGUACAGAGCUGAUGAAGGCACCGGGUUUAAUGCAGUUGUGAAUAAUGCUGGCAGACCUAUUCCUGAAAGACAAGAGGAAGCAUUGAGAGAAGAAAAUGAGAGUCGUGGUAAUGGACAACAGGAACAGUUCCGUCAAUCUACCGGUCAGCAAACAGUCAGGCCAUUGACUGUGGAGAACACCGCACUCAUCCACCACGUCCUACGUCAGUAUCGUCACGCUCACUAGUUACC